UGGCAGUCGCCGGGCGCCCACUUCGAGGCACGGAGCGGAGGUAGGUGCAGCAGCGCAUCAGGCCAGCAAAAUGAAGAGUGGAAAAAAUUACACCCGUCAUAUACAAGAUGGGCCAAGCUGCAAGGUGUCGUCAGCGUCACACGAUUAUAGCAGCGGAAUCGCCGAUGCUCAGAACGUGAGUGUGACAGUUAGGGGCAACAACAAACGCCGUCCGGCCGAUGAAGCGAGGCCUCAACGGGCUGAUCUACGUACUGGUAAAUCAUCUAGAAUGGCGGCGCAGAGCACCAGUACCCCAAACAAGAAAACAUCAUCUAAGAAGCGCCGCAAGCAUGUCAAGCCAGAAGAUGACGAAAACGAGAAUAUGAAUUUGAGUUCCGGAGAACAGCGGCCUACCGUAGGAGGAACGAAACGGCGUAAAGCGGAUUUCCCUUCCUCCGUCAAUAAUCCGGGUUCGCGCAGCUCCGGGCGGCACCGCUCAUCUUCUAUCAGCAUUGAGCGUCGCAGAGCGUCGCUUGUGGCGGACGCGGAGCCUAAGGAGGCAGCCCAGCGGAAAAGAUCUACAAGACGAAGUGUGGCUUCCUCUCUGUCGAGAUCCUCGCGAAGGUCGGCGAAACCGGAAAGGCGGACAAGGGUUCGGCCGGAGGUUGAGGAAAAGCAAGAUGAGGAUGCGUGUCGAACGCCUUCCCAACAAGUUCAGGGUGAGCUCGCACCGAGCUCCGCAGGUGAGAGUCCGGUAGCGCCCAAUGAGGGGGAACCGCAUGUGCAGG